UCUAGAGAUUUAAAAAAAUGGUGAAAAAACAUAAAGGCACAUUAGCUGUAAUUGAACAGAUAUACGAAGAUAUACCAGCUUUUACCGACAUUUUCACUGAAGAAUCAUUUUAUACAUUCGUAUUUUGCUUUGUAUGUGCUACUAUUAUAGUAGCAUUCAUAUUGUCGAGAUUCAUUACUUUGAAACCUGUGGAAUUCUAAUUUUAAUUAAAUAAUAAAAAAUGAAUAUUUAAAUAGAA